AGAGUAUUAGCUGUAUCCAGUAUAAGAUGUUUACAUGUCUUCUAUGAUGGAGCUCCAGACACAUUCGCUCUCUCUGUUGGUAUUCUGGACAAAUUUCUAGCUACAAUUAAGGUAAAACAACAACAUUUAUCCUGUGUGGCUGCUGCUUGUUAUUUUAUUUCAACUAAAAUACAUGAAGAAGAGGAGAAUUUACCAUCUGGUAAUGGUUUAUGUAAGCUCCAUGGAAACCGUUGGAAGUUAUCUGAUUUGUGUAGGAUGGAGAGUGUGAUAUUACAGAAGUUAGGCUGGACACUUCCUCUUACUACAUAUCUCACCUUUAUCAACCAUUUUCUAGAGAUAUUACAAGACAACUACCCU